CGGAAAUGCCCUGUAGGAGAAAGACACUUGUAUCCAUUUCUUAAAGGACAUUCACACUUCUGAAGUGUUUAGGGCAAAGCAAAAAGGAGGAAGUUUCUUUCAGGAAAAUCUUCAUCUUACAACUUGUAGGGCUGGUGUUAACUUACGACUUCACUAACUGUGACUUUGAGAAGAUUAAAGCAGCCUAUCUCAGUACUAUUUCUAAAGACCUGAUUACAUAUAUGAGUGGGACCAAAAGUACCGAGUUCAACAACACUGUCUCCUGUAGCAAUAGGCCACACUGCCUUACUGAAAUCCAGAGCCUAACCUUCAAUCCCACCGCCGGCUGCGCGUCGCUCGCCAAAGAAAUGUUCGCCAUGAAAACUAAGGCUGCCUUAGCUAUCUGGUGCCCAGGCUAUUCGGAAACUCAGAUAAAUGCUACUCAGGCAAUGAAGAAGAGGAGAAAAAGGAAAGUCACAACCAAUAAAUGUCUGGAACAAGUGUCACAAUUACAAGGAUUGUGGCGUCGCUUCAGUCGACCUUUACUGAAACAACAGUAAACCAUCUUUAUUAUGGUCAUAUUUCACAGCACCAAAAUAAAUCAUCUUUAUUAAGUAGAUGAAACAUUAACUCUAACUGUGACAAAGAAGACCACAAAUAGUUAUCUUUUAAUUACAGAAGAGUUUCUUAACUUAUUUUUGUAAGUUUUUAUUGUGUAAGUUUAUAAUGCAGGGGAAGUACUACUCCUCAAAUGCUGAGGGAAGGUUCCAUAACAUUGAUGACUGGCUUCAUGGCAGUAAUUCUCGGCUGUAGUUGCAUAAGCAUUGCUCAAGAGGAAAAUCCAAAAGUGCAGCAGAACUCUUUUCCCUGAAAAAGGAAAAAUAUUGAACUCAAUGAUAGCACCUAAACUUACAUUUAAAAGACAGACAUUCCUUCUACAUGUAAUGACACUUCUUGUGUUAAACUAAAAAUUUACAAGAGAAGAAAGUGAAAGCAAAUGGGGUUUCACAAAUAGUUGUAAAUAUAGCGAAGCAAUUUGAAAUAAUUUUCAAGCAAAAUAUUGUGAAAGUAUUCUAAGCCAAGUUUUAAAUAUUAUCUAACAGACAAGAGUGGUAUAUACAAGUAGAUCCUGAGAAGUACCUUUGUUACAGCUACUAUAAAUAUACAUAUAAAUUAUAGAAUCUACUUUAAUUUAUUUUGUGAACACUUUUGAAAAUGUACAUGUUCCUAUGUAAUUGACACUAUAUAUUUCUUAAUAAAAUAAUUCUCAAAUUUGUUUCUUAUGAAUCAUCUCUCAAAUCUAGUUAGACAAUUUGCACACAUACUUUUCUAAGGGACAUUAUCUUCCUUCAGGUUUUUACCUCCACUCAUCCUUAGAGCCCACUGACUGCUCCCCUUUAUACCUGUUGGCCCUGCCUAUAGGAGAGAAUAUUUGGAGAUAGGCAGCUUCAGGAUGCAUUGCAAUCAUCCUUUUCUUAAAUUAUGUCACUAGUCUUUUAUUUUUUCCCCUCUUGAACUUUCCUCACACCCGGAAGAAACAAAGUAGGCAAAAGUGAACAGGGGAUGUCAAAUCGAUUCUUGAAUUCCCGCUGCAAGCUACAGCCGCAAGCACCCUCUCACUCAACUUCCACUCAGAACCCUAUAAACACCAGUGGGAAGGGCAACCCACUGCACGUGGGAAUGCACUGAUUUUUCCUAGGAGUAGACAUGUUCCUCUAAUUACUCCCUGAGGGUUAGUUGGGGCUAAACCGUGACAGAAGUGGGGAAGUUCAAUGUCCUUAAAUCCAUCUUACUUGCCAACAGGUAAGAGGAAGCUUACAUUAUAUGUCCAGUCCACAUUUAAAGAGCACUUACUGUGGAACAAGCUUUCAGCCAAACAAUGGGGAUAGAAAAGUAGGUAAGACUCAGCCUUUGUCCAGAGAAGCUCAGGGUGUAGCUGAAUAGGCAGUUUCUUUUGUCCUGAGGAAAAUCAGGACAUGCCUGCUUUCUAAAAAUCUUCCUCUGAAGACCUGACCCAAGCCCUUAAAUGCUAUUGUAAGAGAAAUUUCUUUGUCUAUUAACUCCAUUUUAGUAGGGAUUCACUGACUAGAUUUUACUGAACUAUGAAAAUAAAUACACAUAAUUUUUCACAAAAUUUUGGGCCCAAUUCCCCUAAAAGAAUUGAGGAUUAGGGAGAAAGGAGACAACUCAAAGUCAUCCCAUUAAGUGCAGUUUCUUUGAAUCUUCUGCUUUAUCUUUAAAAAUUUGUAUAAUUUAUAUAUUUUAUUCGAUGUAUUCCAUAGAUAUCUUAAUGUAAAAUUAGUCAUUUGAAUUACACUGUCAAUUAAAAGUAAUGGGCAAGAGAUUGCAUCAUACUAAUUUAGUAAGAACGUUCCCAAAUGUUGUAACAACGUGGAUCAUACAUCUCUGGUUUUUUAAAUGUAUUGAGGCUUUCUUGGUGGACUAGUAUAGUAUACGGUCAGUUAUGUCAAUGUUUCAUGAUCAAUAAAAAGGAGGUUGCAAAUUGUGA